AUGAGGGCACUUCGAUCCGACCAAGCAGAGCAGGAAGGCACUGAUUUUGUUACCAUUCUGAAUGCUACUCAGAAAAAGUUGCAUCCAGAUUCGGAGCUUCACGAUUGGUCAGCUCGCUACAAGACCAUCCAGAAGCUAGCCGAGGACUUGGUGAAGGACUUUCGUAAGCAUGCACCAGUCCAGACAAAUCAGACUUUGCUGCAGCGACUUCAUGCUCUUGAGACCGAGAAUGACGAGGACCUUGAAGCCGUUGGUGAUGGUGAAGCAACCGCCGACUUCAGAUCGCCGGCCCAUGACCUCUUCGAAGAAGAGGAAGAAGAGAACAAGGACCCGGGUCCGAUAGAUGCUCAGGACACCCUCUCGCAGUAUCUUCCGAGUCGUGACAGCACACUUUACCUUGAGAACUGCAGCUUGGAGGGUCACAACAUCAAGAGUGUCAACAACUGGCUAGCAUCUACUGCUAUCGGGAAAGGCAAGAACAAAGUGAUUGACACCGCAGUUUCCGAGUUCGUUGCUGCAUGUGCAAAACUUGAUGAUGGUAGCAGGAAGCCAGUUGAUAAAAUCGCAGUGGAAUGGGGUCUCUCAGUUUCUUUAGCUUCUAAGUUGAAUGAGAAGUGCCUCACUCGCUUGAUCGCGGGAGCUCACCUGCUGGCCAACCAGUUUUCCACAGACAUUUUCGUCCGCAUUCGUGAUCUUCUGGUACAGUUUCGUGACCGUGUUCAAUUUCAGGUCCUUCCUUCGAUCAUGGCAACCAGGCAAGCCAGCGACUUGCAAAUGCACGACAUCAUACUCGACCACAUCGGCGACAGGUGCAUCGAUGGUGCAAAAGGUGGAGACUACCUCCUCGAGUUCAUUCAGGACUGCGGCAAUGGGUUGAAUGUCAAUGUCAUCUACAUGAACAGACUGUUUGUCAUGAUAAGUCCUCAGUUCAUACAGCAGUUCAUCGAGACCUUCGACAAAUGCGAGGACUUUCGCAAAGCACGACCGAUCAUUGCGUGUGAUCAUUGUUGGCAUUCUCGUUUGACGACCUUCCUGGCCAAGGCGAUCUUCCAGAUCAUGUUGGUAGUUUUCCCGACAGGUUCCACUUUUAAUGCGCUGUCGGUGCAAGAAGCAGUUCGUAUGAUGUGGCAUUCUAUGAUGGGCUUUUCUGCAGAUGAACCCACCGUCAUGAAACAGCAGGACCUCAUCGGCUUCUUUAACUCUGUACCACAUGAUCGCAUCUCGCAAUCUUUGCUCUUUGUUUUGCAGCUCCUUGAAGGUCGUUGGCAAAAACCAUGGCAGUCGCAAUCACUUCAGGUUUCUGGUCGCAGCAAGGAUCUCACCUUUCGCGUCUUUCGUGGACGCCGUAGGUUUGCUGCGAGGAACACUAAGACACUUCAUCUGGAGGACCUGCCCGAGUUGGUUGUGUUUCUGUUACGAUCCAGUUUCUUUCGAUGUGGCUUCCACACUUUCAGGCAGAUUCAAGGAGCCAGCAUGGGAUCGGCACUCGCACCGGUACUAUGCACAUUGGUUGCCUCGACCAUUGAAUUUCUGUGGCUUCGGAAUUUUCGCACCAUUCUGAACAACAUUGGUUUUCAGACAGCUGCUCGAUAUGCGGACAACCGAGUUUUUCAUGUUCAAACAGGCAUUCACAGGAAUCCGUGGCUUCAGUUGCUCUUUCAUCUGGAAUUCUAUGGUGCACCCAUCAUCCUGGAGGACGUGUCGACUAAGAUGUUUCUAGGCACUACAUGUUCUGUUACACAGGGUACCAUCACGGUGGUACAACCGACUGAUGCUUCAACCAUCCGUACACUGCAGUCAGCUGUCAGAGUUACAGUUCAGAUGCCAGCUGAUCGAUGCACCAGGAAUCAGGCGAUGACCGUUCAUCUGGUGUGA